AUGAAAUCGCUUUCCGUUCUUUUCAAACCGAAAUCUUCUCCCGCCAAAAUACACCUUCCGGCCGAUCGUCGAGCCUCACCGGACGAGUCUCACUUCAUAUCUCUGAUACACGCCUGUAAAGACACUGUCAGUCUCCGCCGUGUUCACGCCCAGAUUCUCCGUCGCGGCGUCCUCAGUAGUCGCGUCGCUGCUCAGCUGGUUUCUUGCUCUGGGCUUCUCCAGUCCCCGGAUUAUUGCCUCUCGAUUUUCAGAAAUUUUGAAGAGAAGAACCUCUUUGUUUUCAAUGUUUUGAUCCGUGGUUUGACGGAGAAUGCUCGUUCCGCGAGUUCUGUCCGUCAUUUCAUCCUCAUGUUGAGGCUUGGUGUGAGACCUGAUCGGCUAACUUUUCCCUUUGUGCUCAAGUCUAAUUCCAAACUAGGGUUUAGAUGGUUGGGUAGGGCUCUUCAUGCCGCCACUUUGAAGAAUUUCGUUGACUGUGAUUCCUUCGUAAGGGUAUCUUUGGUUGACAUGUACGCCAAGACCAGACAAUUGAAUUAUGCCUUCCAAGUGUUCGAUGAAAGUCCUGAUAGAAUUAAAAAAGAGAGUACUUUGCUAUCGAAUGUUUUGAUUAAAGGUUAUUGUCGAGCCAAGGAUAUGCAAAUGGCUACAAAACUUUUUAGAUCCAUGCCAGAGAGAAAUUCAGGAUCUUGGAGUACUUUGAUCAAGGGUUAUGCUGACUGCAGCCAGUUGAACAGAGCAAAGCAGCUUUUUGAACUGAUGCCUGAGAAACAUGUUGUUACUUGGACGACUUUAAUCAAUGGGUUUUCCCAAAAUGGCUACUAUGAAACUGCGAUUUCAACCUAUUUUGAGAUGCUGGAAAAGGGCUUGAAACCUAAUGAAUACACAGUUGCUGCUGCGCUGUCUGCAUGUUCAAAAUCUGGUGCUCUUGGAUCAGGAAUAAGAAUUCAUGCUUAUAUUUUGGAUAAUGGGAUUAGAUUGGAUAGAGCUAUAGGGACAGCUCUCAUUGACAUGUAUGCGAAAUGUGGGGAAGUUGACUGUGCGGGUACUGUGUUCAGUAAUAUGAAUCAUAAGGAUAUUCUUUCGUGGACUGCUAUGAUACAAGGUUGGGCGGUACAUGGAUGCUUUCAUCAAGCUAUCCAAUGUUUCAGACAAAUGAUGUAUUCCGGAGAGAAGCCAGAUGAGGUAGUGUUUCUUGCAGUUCUAACUGCAUGCUUGAACUCGGGCGAAGUAGACCUGGGACUUAAUUUCUUCGAUAGCAUGAGGCUUGACUAUGCGAUUGAACCUACAUUAAAACAUUAUGUGUUAGUCGUUGAUUUGCUAGGUAGAGCAGGGAAGUUGAACGAAGCACAUAAGUUUGUAGAUAAUAUGCCGAUAAAUCCUGAUUUUACAACAUGGGCUGCACUCUAUCGUGCUAGCAAGGCGCACAGGAGUAAUAGAAGGACUGAAAUUGUGUCACAGAAUCUUUUGGAACUUGAUCCAGAGCUUCGUGGUAGUUACAUUUUCUUAGACAAAACACAUCUGGCUAAUGGGAAGUAUCAAGAUGUAGAGGAAAGAAGGGUUCCAUAUCAGAAGACAGGCAAAGAAAGAUCCCUGGGAUGGAGUUACAUCGAAUUGGACUGUCAACUGAACAAAUUUGCAGCUGGUGAUUGUACUCAUAAGCAGACACAAGAGAUACGUUUGAAGCUUGAGGAGAUCAUAUCGCUCGCGACUGAGAUAGGAUACAUUCCAGGAGCUGAUUGGUCGAUUCAUGACAUUGAAGAAGAAGAGAAGGAACAUGUUACGGGAGUCCAUAGUGAGAAACUGGCUCUUACACUUGGAAUUCUAAGAACUGCUCCUGGAACCACGAUAAGGAUCAUUAAGAACCUUAGAAUCUGCGGAGAUUGCCAUUCUUUAAUGAAAUAUGUUAGUAAGAUCAGCCAAAGAGGUAUUUUACUGAGAGAUGCAAGACAGUUUCAUCAUUUCAAAGAUGGAAGUUGUUCAUGUGGUGAUUAUUGGUGAUAUAGUAGAUGAGUUAGGUGCCUUCAGGUUCGUGCACGAGAAUAACAUUAACAUCCCAGGCUCCCAGCCUUCAGAUGCUUGAGAGUUUUGUUCAUUCAUGGCGUUUUCCAGUAUAAAUCUUGCCAUGCUCUUUUGCAUACAAUGGUCGGAAAUAGAACAAAGUCAUGAUAUUCCUGAGACCAGACCGCACAUAGCAGCGAAUCUGGCAAAGGGGUUAAAUCUCCAUUGAAGGAGGGAAAGGAGAUUGGAGUAUGCCAAAAAAUCUCCACAGACCACAGGCAUGGAAGAGAAAAAGAAGGCGGCUCAGGUGGGUCACUAGUGAGUGUUUUUUAAAUUGAAAGUUGCGUACAUUAUUAUUAUUACUAGGU